GUUACUCGCCUGCUCAGAGCACGUUCGGCACGUUGUCGUCUCCCUAGACGUGAGCUAUCGUACUUGAAAUUAAUCGUAUAGAGCGGCCAGACGUCUGUACAGCUGACGUUGCAUGGAGAUUUUAUAUAGCAAAUACAUGCGGAUAUUAAAGCCGUGGAUAAAAAAGUCUGCGAUCCCGUACUAGCCCGUAAACUAUAUAAAUGUGAAAUACAAGUGACGAAAGUGAUUCCGGAGCAGGAAGUAACGUUUCUUUUUUUUUUCGUUUUACGUUAUCUCGCUUUCGCUGAAACGACCGCCGUUCAAUCCGACAAUAUGAAUAAAAUUUUAGGCAUAAACUAUUGCACAGUUUUCUCUGUACUUAGAAGUCCCGAACAUGGCGAAUCAUUUAAGCUAUUGAUGUGAAAAAAGUUUCGAAUAAUAAUUUUCGUUAAACAUUUCUUAUACGAAAAACAUUAGCAAAGUUAUCGAAGUGCGAAAAACCGGUGGAAUAAUAAAAUCUUUAACUCUACGGUAAAUGUGACUUGUUUUAAAAAUUCAAAUUUAUUCAAGCUGAAACAGCAAUCCGUUUAUAAUAACAGUAAUCGUGCAAGUAAUUCUUGCCUGAUGCAGAAAUUAAAAAUUUACAUUCGCAAAGAGAAGUGAACAAUAUAAUAGCGUAUUAAAGUGUGAAAUAAACAGCGAAAGAGCCAUAUUGAAGAUCCGAAUGAAAUUCAGAAUAUCCGAGUGAUUAGAUCAUGUCGGUAUUUAGACACGCGAUUGGUUGAUAGUACCUACAAAGUGAUCAAACAUUUGAAUUGUGACAUAAUUUACGAGAAAGCAGGCGCCAUACCUUGAGUCUGGCGUGUCGUACCGUUCAAGUUAAAUAUAAAUUAGUAUUUCUAAAAUAAGGAUAUUUCUAUUAAUACCGGCAUCGUCAGUCGGUGACGUACUUAAUAUACAAGUGAGGAAGGUGUUGUACUUGAAUUAUAGUUUUACAAGUUACAAACCGUUGAUUGCUUUAAAUUUAAAAGAAACAUUUCUCCAGAAAGUGUCAUAAAACUUUUGGUGCUAUAUGCAAUAGUUGUAAGUCUGAUUCAUCGUAGCGUGUAUAAUUGCCACGUCGUCGGUAAAUAUCAUUGACUUUGUUACCGGUGGGAGAUUAAAAGUCAAAAGACUUUCAAGAACUUAUCGAUUUAUCUUUUAAAGUAUUACUGAUCAGUUAUUUAUCAACUUUGUCGGUCGCUCUCGAUCGCACUCCAUAUAUACUUUUAACCCGUAAUGUAUUUGAGGUCGAACGAUACAGGAAACGGGAGGUUCGCGAUAACUGCAGCAUUUGCAGCACGAGUAGAUACCGCGCCACGCGGUGGAGGUGCGUGGAGUGGAUUCGGUACCAAGGAAAACGGAGGAGAGACAACCAAUAGGAAGCUUGAUCGCCAUUGCCGUUGCGUCCGUGACAGGAUCACAGCAAAGAGCUUGGCAAGACUGAUCGCUGAUAGCUGGAAUAUUGUUCGGCACUCGUCCUGCGACUUCGAGAGGAAGAACUGCGUUCUCCAAUUGUCGGUAACGGCUGGAAACGCGUUGGAAGAUAUCAUCGCAUUGGUACGAGGAAUGAGCGAGGGUGAACGAGCGGUUACGACGCCUCGAAUUGGCUGGAGAAAACUCGCCGAUCCUGGUGACUGACAGGAAUUUCCAAAAAGGGAAAACCCGAAGCGAUAGCAUCAGCUAUCUUUCAAACUACCGAAACUCGAUAUCACGUUAUUGAUGUGCCGCUGUCUCGUUCGCUUCCACGAAAUUAUUAGCUCACCUAGCUAGCAUUAGGCGAAAAGCAUAAGGUAGACUAGCACUUGCCGCAUGAGUUAAAGAGACAUAGUUGAAAACUAAUUUUUUAACACAAUGCCAGCUUUCAAUCAUUGGCGGUAGCAGAUUGGGCGAGAAAGAAUUUGGCACUGCUCCCCUUUACUCCCGUAUGCACAAUGGCAACGAUGAUUUUCUGACACAUGCUCAGAGGUUUCUUCCAUACUUUUCCGUGUGCUGAAAUAAACAGUUAGCAAUUAUCGUCAUCAAAACUGGAAUCCAAGAGUAUUUUUUCCUGACUACAGCGAGCGAUCUUAUUGCUUUUGCUUGCUCUUCCCGGUCAUUCUACAUCUUCCGUUUCUUUGUCACCGAAUAUCAUCACUUGAGUCAAGCCGAAUGAGAAGUGAGAAAAAAGUUUGAAGGAGCUGGUUCGGUUGAGAACUGUGACCCCCGCCCUCUCGUUGAACGAUUGAAAUUUAACCUUAGUUCAUUUAAAGAUUGGUUACUUAUUACCAUAGACUAUACACAUAUGAUAGAUAUCACGUAGACAAUAAAUACCAGUAUAUACAUACUAUAAUAUGGUGUCGGUGUUUGAUGAAUGUUGAAAUUAUUCAAACGAAGUGUGUUUAAUUUAAAUUUAACUGUGCUAUCAAAGAGGCAAAUUGCCACCAUUUUUGUCGCGGUAAAGUGAACUGAAGAUAACGCGUUGCUGAAGAAAAAGGAGACUUGAAGAAACCUCCCAGAGAAACAACGCCUCUAAUUACACUUGCGUAUGAAAUACCACGAAUAAGAAUUAUUUAAUCGUACUGAAAUUGCGUUGUAACGGACUAAGUUAAAAUGCCAAGCACACCGAACAAGUUGAAUCUGAGCUUUGCUCGAAAUGCUUAUAGUGUUUUUGGUAACCGCAACGCCAACCCAUCCACCGAACAGCAACAUGAACAGAAAACAGAACUGUUAGCGGGUACUCGAGGCAAUGGCCUUCUUCAUCUUAAGAAUGGCGUUGACUAUAUCAACGCGGGCGAAGAGGACCAAAUGGAAAUUUAUGGAUACAAAAGAAAUCACUUAUGGACAUCGAUCACAUGGAUAUUUAUCAUCUGCACAGCGGGUCUGUUACGCUUAUUCUUUCACUGGAUACCGCAUUUGAUGUUACUUGCCACACAUUCGAAAUGCUCAUUGGAAGAAGCAGAGGCAGUGCUUUUGGUAGAAAAGUUCCAAGGAAAACAUACCAGUCGCUACGUGAAGAAAUUGAUUACCAUCAGCGCAGAGGAAGUCUCAAGACUGUCCAAAGAUGGAGAAUCAUUAAUUGGCAAGGACACAUUUCCAGAGGAUGAUUUCUUGACUGAAGUCGAAGAAGAUCGAGGUCCGCUUACUUUAUCAGUUCAUUUAAGCGGUGGUCAGUUUAAAGAUUUCAAAUCUAUCCUAACAUUUUCCUGCAAGAAACUCACUUACGUUUGGGACACGGACAGGUGUGAAUUUUUAAAAUUGAAAGGUUUGGACGAAGGGGUUCUGACCUCAACGCUUCACCAAAUGCGAGGAUUGACAGCACAGGAUCAAUUUAUGCGGCGUUUCGUUUACGGGAGCAAUGAAAUUGUUAUCCCGGUUAAAAGUAUACUGACACUUCUCUGCUUGGAAGUUUUGAAUCCUUUCUAUAUAUUUCAAUUAUUCAGCUUCUGUCUUUGGAUUGCCGACGAUUAUCUGUACUACGCUAUGGCUAUUCUGACUAUGUCUAGUUUCGGCAUUAUUAUAGCGGUGAUUCAAACAAGGAGGAACCAACACAACUUGAGGUCUACGGUUCACGCAUCUGAUGUGGCAACGGUUAUUCGCGACCCAUCGAGUGGAAAAACUGCGACCGUACAAACGGAACAUUUGGUACCUGGUGAUGUGCUCGUGAUUCCAUCUCACGGAUGCAUUAUGCCUUGCGACGCUGUCCUGUUGACAGGGAAUUGUAUCUUAAACGAAUCGAUGUUAACCGGGGAAUCAGUACCGGUAACAAAAACGCCUAUUCCCGCUUCAAGUGAGCUUUUGUACGACACAAAAGAACACGCGAGGCACACGUUGUACUGUGGAACGCAGGUAAUUCAGACAAGGUACUUCGGUACGGAAAAAGUAAUCGCUGUUGUAAUCAGGACCGGAUUUAAUACUAGCAAGGGUGGGCUAGUGCGAUCUAUAAUGUAUCCACCACCGGUUGACUUUAAAUUUGAGCAGGACUCCUACAAGUUUGUAAUACUCUUAGCUUGCAUCGCUAGCAUUGGUUUCGUAUAUACAAUUAUCUCUAAAGUGCUCCAAGGUAUUUCCGGACACCGAAUAGCAUUGGAAGCACUUGACUUGAUCACUAUUGUGGUACCACCAGCUCUUCCGGCUGCUAUGACGGUUGGACGACUCGUCGCUCAGAACAGGCUGCAAAAUAAGAAGAUUUAUUGCACCAGUCCAAGAGCUAUCAAUGUCUCGGGUUCAAUCGACUGCGUAUGCUUUGACAAAACGGGAACGUUAACCGAAGACGGAUUGGAUAUGUGGGGGGUCGUUCCCAUAUCAAACAAAAUGUUUCAAAGUCCAGUCAAAGACAUAUCUACUCUUGAAUUAGACGAAGUACUCGUUGGUAUGGUCACCUGUCACAGUAUUACAUUAAUCGACCGUCAGUUGUCCGGAGACCCCCUGGAUCUCAAGAUGUUUGAAUCGACGGGUUGGACACUGGAAGAGCCAGACGUUUCUGAUACUUCCAAGUUCUCUAUGCUCUUUCCAACUGUCGUCAGGCCACCAAAAGGGUCAAAGUUCGCCGGAGUUAAUUGUAACGAUCUCACGAUAUCGCCGGAACGUCAGAAUUCCAAAAGAUCAGCCAUGAACGACCAGAUGACAGACACAACUAGCAAUCUUGAGGAUACCCUUAGUGAGUCGACGAUGCAGCUGAGUGAACAGUCUCUUGAAAUCGGUAUUGUCAGGCAGUUCCCAUUUACAUCGAGUUUGCAGCGAAUGAGCGUUAUCACGAGAACGUUGGGAGCCAAUCACUUUGACCUGUACUGCAAAGGAAGCCCUGAGAUGAUUUUUAGCUUGUCCAAGCCCGAAUCAAUUCCAUCAAAUUUUGCGACCGUUCUGCAAGAAUACACUUCCGAAGGAUACAGGGUAAUUGCCCUGGCUCAUAAAUCGUUGAAUAGAUUGUCUUACGCUAAAGUACAGCGGAUAAGUAGAGAGUCAGCGGAAACGGAUUUAAACUUCUUGGCUUUCGUGAUAUUAGAGAACCGACUGAAGCCUGGUACUUCGCCAGUUAUCAAAUUGUUGAACGAAGCCUGUAUCAAAACAGUGAUGGUGACGGGGGACAACAUGCUAACUGCCUUGUCGGUAGCCAGGGAUUGUGGAAUUGUGAAACAUCACGUCACUGUAAUUGCCGUGGCUGCAAUUACGCAGCAAAACCUCACGAAGCCGCAGAUUUAUUUUACUCAAAGUAAUAGUCAGUGUAGUCCAACAUCGCCUGUGGGAAAUGACAUAAGUGAAAUGACCGAUUUAAACAGCGUAGCCAGUUUGGAGACCGUGGAAAAUGGAUCCACACAAGGCAAUCACACCGGCAAUCAAAUCAACUAUUUGUCAGACGAUUUGCACAUUUCUACAAACAAAUACGUAUUCUCAUUGACGGGAAAGACUUGGUCAAUGGUUAAGCAGCAUCAUCCGGAAUUGAUACCAAAGUUAGCUACACGGGGAGCCAUCUUUGCGAGAAUGUCACCGGACCAGAAACAACAACUCGUACAAGAGCUACAAGCAUUGGGAUAUUACGUCGCGAUGGUCGGAGACGGUGCCAACGACUGCGGUGCUUUGAAGGCAGCGCACACCGGCAUCUCAUUGUCAGACACGGAAUCAUCGGUAGCUUCACCGUUCACGAGCCGUGACACAGACAUAUCAUGUCUACUCUCCGUCAUCAGAGAAGGACGAGCAGCGCUAUCUACUUCCUUUGGAAUCUUCAAGUACAUGGCGGCUUAUUCUCUCACACAAUUCGUUUCAGUUAUGCUGCUCUACAAUAUCAGGUCGAACCUCACGGACAUAGAGUUUCUCUACAUCGAUCUCUUCGUUAUAUCAAUAUUUGCCUUCUUCUUUGGUCGGACCGAAGCCUACGAUGGUCCCCUGGCAAAAACAGCACCUCUAACAAGUCUCAUCAGCACAUCCCCGAUUCUCAGCUUGAUAUUUCAGAUCUUAAUCGUGAUAAUAUUCCAAUUUAUGAGCCUUUUCCACCUGGGCCAACAGGAUUGCUACAAGACUUGUAUUGAGAAUCUCGAAGAAAACGCAACAGAAGAAGAGGAGGUUGGAUGCUUCGAAAAUUAUACCAUAUUCAUAAUCAGUUCGAUGCAGUACAUCAUCUUAGCCGUUGCAUUUUCGAAGGGUCGACCUUACAGAAAGCCGAUAUGGACGAACUGGGGUCUCCUCUCUUCUUUCAUACUUAUGUCACUUUUCUCAAUCUACAUGGCACUGAACCCCUUUGAGUGGCUCGCGGACCAGUUCGAAUUGGUGUUGCCACCGGAUAUGGGCUUCAGGUACGUCUUGCUUGGUUACGGGCUGGCCAAUUUCGUUUUGUCAAUGGUCGUCGAGUACUUCGUAGUCGAGUACAUAAUAUUUGGAAAACUGAGAUACCGCUGGCACGAUGUUUACAAGUCGAAGAAACGGUAUCUUGCAAUAGAGCGGGACAUGGCCUCAAAUCACAAGUGGCCACCGAUAUCGCAAGAGCCUUUGCCAGAAGCAGCACCGGACAUAUUGAUUCGUCAGAAUUUAACGGAAAUCAAAAUCGAGAAUAUCACCGAGACUAAUCCGACCAGUGAUUUUAUCAACUCGAACGUCAUUCAAGAAACGAAUUCUGAUUUCAAGCGAUUUGGUUCUGCUAGAGAAGUCACGUUGAAUCCAAGGUCGUUGUUUAGCGAUCGGCGAACAGCGGUUUCCAUGCAAACUGUUCCCAGUUUUGACGAUGACAGAGAGAUCGACAGGGAAGUUCGCUAUACGCCGAGUUCCUGCAAGCUGGAACUUCCUGCAAAGAGGAGGCACAAUUCCGAAUCAGAGAACGGCAUUUAUCCAUACGAGAAAUCGUACCGAAAUUAUAACACAAACCCAAUAGCAACAUUGCCAAGACAUCCACCUAGCCAGCAAGUCGCACCAUCGGAUGAGUUUAAAAGCGUAAUGGUGCAUAAAAGCGAGGAAAGCAACUUCCGAAGUGCCACUCAAAGUGUUCUCGAGUUGGACAUUUUGCCGUCCUGAGGUCGAGCGUUGAUAGGGUUAAUUUUCAAAAUCAGCUGACAAGAAUUUUUCACUUUUCGAACACAUCACGCCCAAGAAUCGUAUAUUCUACUACUUACAUUUACACGUUAUACAAUUUGUUAAGUUUCUAUGAACGCGUUACGAUAUUGUAUUAGAGUGGAAAUUCUGUGCAGGACUAGGAUUUCCGAAUGUUUGUGAAAAUGAAAUGUGCGGAAAACAUUGGCUCUGCUAUCAUUGCUAGGAAUAAUUCUAGGUAGAUUUGUGUGUCUCUCUUAUGGUUGGGGCACCAUUUAUUGCGUAUUCUUACUCGAUUGUUUCUUUUCUUUUUUUUGUUUGUUACUUAUUAGUAUUUAAUCUAAACUACGAAGCUGUUCUUCAAAGUAUUAUUAUUAUUUCUCUUUAUGUGUCUCUUACUCUACAUCAUUAUUACGGUGAGUUUUGUUUCACUUUCCAGUAUAACUUAAUUAAUUAAUUCUAUUUGGAUUUGUUUGCAACGAUCCGUGUAAUGAUGCAGGAAUUGAAUUGACCGGGAGAAGCAACAAUUAACAAGAAAUUUAAUAAAUAUUUAAAGUAACAUGUCUAAAAUCAGGGGUCAAGUAACUCUCUACCGUGUAGAAGACAUUGUAUGUGUAGUUAAUUUUUUAUAUGCCAUGUGUCAACAUAACCUAACUGAAAUAGAUACUUCAAUUUUAUGGUAAACAAUUAUAGAAUGUGAGUAAAAAUGUUCAAAUAUUGAAAAAAAGACGUUUCAAACCAAUAGAAAAAUAUUAAGAAAAAAAAAAACUGACAGGUAACAGAUAAUUAAUA